AUCAGCCGACAUCGGAACCCGCGCGUAUAAAAGACAGCAGAACGGAGUCUCAUGACAAGCUGUCGCCCGCCUCCUUCUUGUUCCCUGCAUUCACCAGGACCGCUAUCUUAGACUCGCGACGCAUAUCGCCAUGACUGAACAGCCCACGAAAGUCGCCCUUCACCUCGGCCAUUUGCCUUCCAAGAACACCAACAUCAAAGCACCAUGGCCCAGGACGCCUACGAGGAUUGACCCCAACAACCCGCCUUGGCCAGCGUACCGUGGCUACCAUGAAUACAGUUUCGCUCAUGCCACAAUGCAGUCUCGUCUUCCGACCAUUCUCGGCAAGGCGAUCGACGAUGUCACGGUUACGCUCAACCAGCAGAGCUCCGAGGAGAUCAUCGUCGACCUCGUUCACUGCAUAGAGCGCAUGGACGAGCUCAUGCACGACCUGAGCGGGAACGCAAAGCUGCGACCCAUUGUCGACGACAACGAGGGUGAUGUCCCUCUGUGGAAUAAGGAGAUUGCGAAGUACUUCCAAGGAAAGGACUUCAUGAAUGCGCCAUGGCUCUUCGCCGAGGCGUACAAGUACCGCCGCUUGCGGGAGUGCUUCAGCGUCAGCAAGUACUGGAAAGAUUACGACGUGUUCUUCCGUCAGAAGUGCGAUACGUUCUCUCGCUCGAAUGAGGCCGUCUUCGAACUAUCCACGCGUUUCGCCGAGCCCUUCAAGAUUUCCGAUAACUUGUCUGACGCCGAAAAGCUGGAAGCGGAGCGCUUGAUGUUCCUCGAGCUCACUCAAGUGUGCUUGUGGGGCAACUCUACGGAUCUAUCUCUUCUCGUCAACAUGACCGAGGAGCAAAUCAAGUCUUUGCAGGCAACUGGCGGCGAGCAUCUUGCUGCUACCGAGAAGAACAUCCUCGGAAACCAUCUAGGCGAGCUGUGGGAGACCGUGAAGGAGCUGCGCGGCAAGACGGGUGGCCGCGUCGACUUCGUGCUCGACAACGCCGGCUUCGAGCUCUACUGCGACUGUGUGUACGCCGAUUUCCUCAUCCAGAGCGGCCUUGCUUCGCAAGUACGCUUCCAUGGCAAGCGCUACCCGUGGUUCGUCUCGGACGUUACGCGCAAGGACUGGGAGUGGCUGCUCAACAUCAUGGUCUACGGUCAACUCUUCCCUAAGGCUACCGAAGCGGAGCUUGGCAGUCUUCGCAAGCUCGGGCACCGCUGGAGGGAGUACGAGAAGAGUGGCAAGUGGGUGUACGAGCAGCACCCCUUCUGGUGCACUGGGUACACGUACUGGGACCUGCACUCGGAGGCGCCCGAUCUGUUCCUGCACCUCAGCAAGAGUGACCUGGUGAUCUUCAAGGGUGAUCUCAACCACCGCAAGCUCACCUACGAUUGCGCUGCUCCUGCAAGCACUCCCUUCGACGUUGCUAUCGGCCCAAUGGCGAACUCUGCGGGCGCACCCAAGAUCGCUAGCUUACGCACCAUCAAGAGCGAUGUUGUCGUCGGUCUCGGUGAGCAAGGUGACGAGCUCGCGGAGAAGUUGGAUAAGGAGGAGCCAGGUUGGAAGAUCAGCGGCAAAUAUGCCGUUGUCUUGCUUUCGGAAGGACGUCCAGGGGAGAAGGUUCGCUUCGCGUAGGUAGAUCGUUUGUACUAUAUGCGAGAUCCCUAUAGCCGUCGUGGCUUGGGCAGCAUCCGUCGAAGUACAUCCUGUAAAACCAGCCGUCUGUAGCAUUGGUGUUUGUGUUUGUAAUAUAAGUACGUGUAUAGUAGCCGCAUACGGCACCCUAUAAAACCCUA